GACGCAUUAUUGGCUCCACCCACAAUGCAACGCAGACAAGGGAACCUCCAAGACAACAGGAGCAAGGGCUCUACUAAAUUAAAGUGACAUUACCCAGAAGAUUAUUUCACUCUUGAGGACACCGAUUCAGCGGCCCGUUUUGACUCGAAGACGAAAUUCGACAGCGAUUCUGAGAGCACACAUUACAAUCGGCUAUAUACUUUCAAGCCAUUGUUCUCGUCGGGGAAAAAGCGACUCCCUCAGGCCGCCGCUGGUACUGCAGCUGCCGGUGAGUUAUAAGUUAGACACCGGGAGUCUGAAUAAUUUAACGGUGGAAAAUGAGCUCGGAGGAAGCGGCAGCUCCAACUAAAACUGUCACAGAUGACGAUGGCAUGUCCUGGUGGUACCGCUGGAUCUGCAAACUGGCCGGUGUCUUGGGUGGCAUAUCAUGUGCAUCAAUGGGCAUCUGGAACUGUGUCACGGUGAAUCCGUUAAACAUCGCGGCUGGAGUUUGGAUGGUGUUGACGGCGUUUGUGUUGUUCCUGUGUGAGGUGCCCUUCUGCUGUCAGUUCGUUGAGUUUGCGAAUGCCAUUGCGGCGCGUGCGGACCGUCUGAAGCCCUGGCAGAAAGCACUGUUUUACUGCGGGAUGGCGCUGUUUCCCGUCUUUCUGAGUUUUUCCAUCACAACUCUGUUUGGGAACGCCAUCGCAUUUUCUACAGGAGUGCUGUACGGACUCGCAUCACUGGGAAAGAAAGGUGACGCGGUGAGCUACGCCCGGUUGCAGCAUCAAAAACAGGGCGACGAAGAGAGACCGACAGACGCUUCAUUGCCGUGAAGCUCCUCUACCUCCGUUCCGUUCUUUCCCUCUCUUUCCCUUCAAGUAACUAGACGCUUCACCUGUCACCUGUUUGUUGGGAUGUAUUUAAGCUAACCUUUGACCUCUGACAGCGUGAGUCAGUCAGCACAAAGCAGUUCUCUGGUUGUUAGUGUGGGAUUUAUUUAAUAAAAUGGGUUUUAAGUGAAUUGUUUCAGCUGUGCUCUCACGCACAUUUGUUUCAAGUAUUUAUUUUAUUUUCAUCCUUCUUUAUAAAAAACUGAUGUAUUUUAGGUUUACAAAACCCAAAGCUGGAGUACAAAAAUUAACUUCAGCGACUCUGCGCAGGGGAUUGGAAUUUUUGGCCAUUGGGAUUUCUCCCAGAAUUCUUAGUUUCAAAAACAUUUGUGACUGGUAAAUCUUGUAAAAGAACAAACCUAUUUGUAUUUUAAUGUGUAGGCAUGUUAACAAAACGUGUUUAAUUGAUUCCAGGACCUCUGCAGGGAGCAAAACUAAGUGUGUUUGUGCGUCUAUUUGUACCUCUAACAGGCCUUUACCCAGAAUCCUUUGCUGCAGCAUGUUUGGUGUUCAUAAGAAACGGUGGAAUGUCAUUUUAUUAUACGCUGCUCUAAAAUCUCGCAGUCACUUUCUUUGUUUGUUAUUUGAGAGUCUGAUCUACGCUCGUUAAUCAGGUUGGACGCCAUAUUAAAUUUUAACGGAUGAAAACGAGGCUGUGAGGGACAGACUUUUACACUCUUUACAACAGCAAGCACUAGUCCUAGAUCAUGAACGUUUAUGUGCAAAGACGUAUCAUCAGCUGAACAAUCGGUUCGUUGCUAAAGAGCAGUAAAAUCAGUCCCUCACAGCCUCGUUUUCACUCCUGUCAGAAAGGAAAUCUGACGCUGCCCUGAUUGAAGUCUGUUUAGAAGCUCGUGUGAGUGUUUUAACUGAAUGAUGAAGUGCAUUUCAAGUGGUUUAACAUUACGUUCCAUCUCCAGGAACCUGUGUGUGUGUGUUUCGAUCUUUCCUCUAAAGCCAUGCGUCUCUUGCUGCACUGAAGAAGGGCUUCUUUUUUCUGGAACGAAAGUGACGUGAUGUUUGUUUCUGUAUCUUUCUGAGCCAGUCUCAGCACUGAGCGAUGGUAUGAAAGCCAACGCUACAAACUACAAGAUAAAAGAACUAUAAUGUGGAGGUCAGAGGUCACGUUCUUACCUUAGUGUUUACACUGUUACUGGCUUUUGCCUGUAAGGGAGAAUUUCAUGAACUCUGUCAAGUACGUCUGGAUCAUAUUUCAACCACAAGGCUUUUUUUUUUCAUGACAAUUAAGCACAUUUAUUUCAGUUUAAAUACAACAAUUGUACUGCAAGAAUAAAACUUAGAAUUUAAAUAAAUCAUGGUUGGAAUCUUAAAAUGAUUUGCUUAAUUGUCAUUACGUUGCAAUGCAGACAUCAAAUGCAUUUUCAAAGUGUAAAAUAAACAUUAUAGUUUUAGGGUGAAACCUAUUUCCACUACUGAAUGAAAAGAUAAAAAGGGUAAUAGCAUUUAUUUCUUUAUUUUAAUUUUUUUAAUCAGAAAUGUAAGAAUUGCAAGGUAUAAACUUGUAACAAUGAGAAAAAGAUACACUUAUGAAAUAUUAAAUAUUAAUAUUAAAAAGUCACAAUUACCUUUAAUAAUUUGUAUUCUGUGGGGGAAAAAUUGUGAGAAGUACUUUUAUUGCAAGUAAAAAAAAAAAAAUCUGAGAAAACAAAUGGCAAAAAAAUUAAUCCGAAUUAAAAAAAAAUAAAAAUCUAAAUUGUAAGAAAAAAAGUCUCAUGGCAGAAUCAGGUUUUCACAUAAAUGUGAUCUGAGCAUAUUUGUGAGAUUCAUCCUUUUAGAUGCUCACAUGCUUUUAUGAAAUACUUUCACUAAACUUUUCACCAUUUUUUAAAGUGUAAGACAAAACCUUGCAUGAAAUGUUCAGCUGGUAAAAUGAUUUCCAGUAACACAUCUGAAGCUUGUAAACUAUUUGAAUCAAUACUUCACCAGCACACAAACCAGCUCAAAUCUCUCGUCCACAUAGACGUGUUGCAGAAUUAACUUAUUUAUCUUUAACUUUUGGAAGCAAAGCUGAAACUCUAGUUCUGUCAUCUCCUGAAUGUGAAAACAUUACUAAACACUUCUGUAUCUCACAAACACAACAUUACUGGCUGAAAAAAGGUUUGAAGUUUUUCGGCACAACCUAAACUUGAUUGUCAUUAGCUGUUUAGCAGUGAUCUUGUCCCUCUGUGUAUUUGUGUUGGAUCAGUCACAUGUAACUAACUGACUUUGCGAUGUGUAAAAGCAUUAUUUUUUUCUGUUUUUCCAUGAGCUAAAUAAAGACAUUUGUCUCUGA